AUGGACGCGACUAUACAUCCCGGCCCUCAGACGCUGGAUCUAUUAGCCCUACAGCCCCAGCAUAAAUCCGAGUAUAUAUGGGACGGACAGUUGCUUACGCAGACUUUCCGGGCUAGGAGAGUGGAUCUAUUGUGGGAGUUUUUGAGUCCUCCCCGCGUUCUACAUCCCCGCAUGGUCCAUUACCUGGAGGAGAUGGGAUUAUAUAGGAUUAUUUGGAUUGGCCGGAUACAGCUUGACUAUGCUUUGAUCACGGCCUUGAUUGAGCGUUUUACUGCCUGCAACCAUGAGAUAUUAUUUGAAACAUAUUGGGAUAUGCUGCACAUGCUCACGGGUUUCAUGCUGGAGGACGAGGCGGUAGUGUCUGGGUCCAGUCGUAUACAGUUGGUCCCCAUUAGAGACCACCUGGUGCAGAUCCACCAUACUAUCACCGACGAGUCAGCGGAGGUAGAUGUACAGCAAUAUACGAGGCUGCUGUUGCUCCUUCUAUUUGGGGGGGUCUUGUUCCCGAACACUUCGGGGAACCUAGUGAGCCUCAGUUUUCUGCAUCAUAUUGACCGGUUCGAGGAUAUAGCCAUCUACAGCUGGGGUGGUGCUGUCAUCUCAUAUCUGUACAGGCAAAUGUGCCGGGCUUGCAUCGGCACACAGAGAGUCAUUGGUGGAUUUUUGCCGCUUCUACAGUUCAUCUGGACGCCGUACAACGAUGAGUUUGGCCUGCCGCAACCUAUACCGACUCCGCCUACAUGGCAUGCUUUACAUUAUAAGAGGGAUGAUCGGUCCAGGGCGGACAACACAUUUAUGGCAUGGCUUAACGAGCAGUUGGGUACUUGGGACAGGCGAGGGGACUUGACCCCACCUCCGUAG